AUGAGGGAAGGCAAAAAAGUGGACUCUAUUUUCAUUAUAAAAAAUGUCCAAAAAGAGCACACGGGAGACUACAGCUGUGUGUUCUCCAAAACACAACACCCUACGGAUGUGAAAGGAAAAGGACUUAAUUCUAUCUCCCUCCAAGUGACAGAUAAACUAUUCCCAGCACGUAUUGGUACAAAUGAGUCCAGUGUGACAUCAGGGGCAGACGUGUAUCUCACAUGUAGCUCAACAGAUGCCCCAGACUCUGUCAUUCUCAUGGCAUUCCUGUGUAGGAAUAAAACCAUAAUUGAUGUUGAACUGUGGGAUUCUCAGAAGAAACAGGCCAGUUUCCAUCUAAAAAGGGUGCAGAUUGAGGACACGGGUAGCUACGGCUGUUUGGUGUCUGACCGACCCAUGGCUGCAAGAGAGUUGGACACGUGUGGAAAGAACUCAGUCUCUCUGCAGGUUGGGAAUGGUGUCAGUGGUGGCAAUGGGGAGCUGAGUGAGGAGCCGCCUGCCUGUGUGUCCGGUGGAGGCUCCAUGGCCCCCCUGUACCUGUUGCCCUCCCUGGUCCUGCUCGUGCUGCUGCUCCUAGUGCUCUGGAGGAACGGGAUACACAAGCAGAUGAGAUCUCCACAGGUCACAUCUGAAUAUGCACAUUUCCCGCCACUUGCACAGACCUCAACAGCGCAGAAUCAUUUUGAUCUUAGUAAUACAGGGCUACAGAUCCCUGUGCAAACAUUUUACGCAAUUAGUGGACAACCUGAUGUGGGUGGGACUGAUACAGGGCUGCAGGUAGCUGUGCAAACAUUUUACUCAUCUACUGGACAGCCUGAUGUGGGCGGGGCUGAUACAGCAACGUCACACGACAUGCAACAAGAUCAAGGAGACGACAUAAGCCCCUAUGACUGGAGUGAGAUCUCUGAAGAUGAAAGUUAUCAGGAUGUAGUCACAUACCAGGAGAUACCGGACCUCGAAACGCAGACCCCGGUCAAUCAUUGGUAGCACCCCGAAUAAGUGCGAUGUAUGCAACAUCCAAGAGAAAGAAGAAGCCCAACUAGACCUACGGAGCUGCAUCACUCUACACAAUCGCUAUUGUUUAAAUCCACUGUAACGUUUUGUAAUAACGUGUGUAAUGGUCCAUGAUAAUGGACUCUUGUAUGGACUCUCGUUGUCAGUUGAUUUGACAGUUAAAUGGAUUUUUUUUUACACUGAAAUGCACUUUCUUCAGCCAACUUUCUUUAGAAACAAAGCCACAAGUUAUAACACAGUAAAUCGUAUGAUCCUUUAGUUAGCCUCAAGGCUCUUGAUCCAUGUUUCAAAUUUGGGCGUCUGAGCACUGAAUGCUGGGGCAGUAGAGGUUCUGGGCUAUGUCUGGAGACUGCUGAUGCAGUAGAGGUUCUGGGCUGUGUCCGGAGAUUGCUGGACCGCAAACUUCAGAGAUGGGGGUGGUUUCCAUGGAAACAUGUGACAUACAGGCCUGCACUUGUAUAGUUUAGUACUUAAUGCACUUAAUGAGUGUACUUCACAUAAGAGAGUAGCCUACAGUACAUAUGGAGACCUUACAUACAGUACGAGUGUACAUACAGUAUGCAGACUUCACAUACGGGUGUAGCCGUCAUAUGCAGACUUCACAUACAAGUGUAGGUCUGGAAAAAAUGAAGAGACCACUACACAUUUUUCUGAUGUCAUCCAUGGUUGCAGAGUGACAUUUGAUUGAGUUGACGGUCAUAUUCACGUUUGCCAUCAUAUUCACGUAUGACCGUCAACUCAUGUGAAUGUCACUUAGCAACCAUAGGAUGACAUCAGAAAAAUGUGCUGUGGUCUCUUAUUUUUUCCAGAGCAUACAGUUAACAUUAUUACAAGGUUGUAAUCUUGAAUGUUCUCUUGUUGUUUGCAUAUUACAUUGUAUGUUAUGUACACAAUAAAAUAUGCUUUCAAUACAUUUAG